AUGGAACAGCCAUUUUCCUCCUCCAAGGUCACAGUCGAGUACUGCGAUCCCCACGAUGUCUACAAGCUCCUUUCGCCGGGCCUGAUCCCCCGACUGCCCCUCCGCGACCUCAACUGGCAGUCUCACGCAGGCCCCGUGCGCUCCAUCAACACCCUCCACGUCGAACUCGUCCCCGCCGACCAAGCUGGCUCCGUCGAUCGAUCUUCGGUUCUCUCUCCCACCCCCGACAGCAAAGCCCCAGGCCAUGGCCAUGGCGACAGCACUGCUAGCCGCGACGAUGGCUUCUCUACAGCGUCCAUUGGUGCUGGUCGUGGUAGCUCUAUCGACAACGCCGGGCCGUUGGGCGCGAUUCGUAACUCCGGGCCUGUCGUUGCCAAAGAACGACGACAUCAAAUUCCUGGUCUACGACGUACUCCCUACCUUAAGGUCCUCUUUGUCAGGUGUGACGACAACGAUGCAUACAAGUCGACAACAAGAGCCGAGAUCCGCGAAUGGAUCAAGACAAACACUCCGUCAUCUACUCCGGGGAAAGCGACGAGCAAUGCCGAAAACCACGAUGCCUUCGAAUGGUUGAUUGUUCACGUUGUCAUACCCAACACUGUCGCUGCUACCCAGCCGCGGUCAAGUGGGAGCAAGGCGGCCGAUUCGAGUUCCGAGAAGACUUCGGCUCUCAAAUGGCGGACUGGGUCCAGCACCCUGUUGGAGAAGCUGCGCAAUGACUUCAACGGCACGGGCAAGGGCGCCGUUGACCGCGUGAGGCAGAUCCGCAUUGGCAUCAACGACGUCCCAUACGAUCUCCUUCCUCGCGUCGUUCCCGCCGUGCCAACCGGCUAUCACGAGACAGAGCAGGAUAGCGAAAAUGCCUGGCAGGACUUGAUUGGAAAGAUCAAGGAGCUCAUCCUGUCGAGCUUCGACACCCGCGUUACCCAAUAUGAGGAGGACAUUAAGGACAAGGAUGCGCAAAGGGGCUUGCCUGGCUGGAACUUCUGCACGUUCUUCAUCUUGAAGGAAGGACUGGCUCGAGGCUUUGAAAGCGUCGGCCUUGUAGAGGACGCCCUGGUUGGUUAUGACGAGCUUAGCAUCGGACUGGAUGCUAUCAUUAAGGAGCAAGCCAUUUCGGGCUCGGCUGAAGCUCACGGUGGAGCUCUUCUCGACUAUACUGAGGAACUGAAAACUCUUGCCGAGCAUGCCGCAAGCCAGAUCUUCUCAGGAAAUAUGGAGUUUGAAGACGAGGAGACUGUUGAUCUCCAGACUAGCAAGCGGGUGAAAGAUACGGAUCCCUUCGGUGCUAUUCCCAUCAGCUCCACCAAGAAACCAUACCGCGAACUGAUUCUUGCCAAUAACAUCUCGCUUUUCGACUUCAGAUGCUACAUCUUCUCUCGGCAGGUUGCCCUCCUUCUGCGGCUCGGCAACGCUUGGUCAACCAGAGAAGAGCUUCUUGCUAAACUCAAGGAACAACAAGACUUGGCUCCUCGGGGUGUUGCACCCAGGGCACCACCGCCAAAACAGGCCUCGGACGAAUCUGAGAACCUGUCACAGCUUGCCGAGAUCUGCAGGAGGACAUUGGAGUUUGUCCCUGCAGUCUCCAUGCUCAUCCGCAAGGACAUUCUAGCGGCCUUGGGUCUGGGGAAGGGAGGCGUCGGGGCUGGUGAUGAUUAUGAGAAAAUCGACCCAGUACUGGCUGAGGUUAUUGACAACAUUGUUGCUUCGUUCGCCUUUUCCGUCGCGCAGCAAAUCCUUGCCCAGACUUCCACCAAGUCUUUGCAGAUCCCUGCCCCCAUGCUGGCAGCUGGUUCUGAUAACGAGCAAAAGUCCGCGAUCCCGGAACCAAAAACGAUGAUGCAUCCUGCGCGGACCUCGUCCAUCCCUUUACGCCAGUCAAUACAGCGUCCUCCGCCCAGCCCUGUCGGGUUUCCCGGGCCUGGUCGCAAGGAUAGCAUAAAUGAUGGCGAGUAUGGCAUGGCUCAGUUCCUUAAGACGGGACUCGAGGAGUUGGCCGCGAGAAGAGCUGAGCUGUAUACGCUGUCUCGAAACGUUCUCGAAGAAUGUGGUAAACGGCGCGGCUGGACUAACGGUUGGGCUGCGGUACCCAUAGUAGAGAGCGGCGCUUCCGACUUGCAAGAGAUCAGCCUCGAUGACGAGCCAGAGUCAGAUGCGAGACCCGCACCAGAAGUCGAAGUCUCCCUUCAGGCCUCGGUAUCUGGUGUAGGCAAUGAGUUGCUACGCACUGCCCUCGACAACAAGGAUGACUUCUACCGACUGUACGAGACGUUAACCGAUAAGGCGAUGCGUCACUACUCUGUCGCCAAGUAUGACCACUCGGUCCAGGCGACCAAGGCUGACCUCGCAGUCCUCAAAUUCCACCUAUCUGAGUACAAGGAGGCCGAGUAUUACUUCUAUCAUACGAUCCCGUUCUUUGGGGGAUGUUCGUGGAGUCUGCUCGAGCUUUCCAUGCUCGUUAUGUAUGCCAAGUGCUUGAAGGAACUGAGUAGACAAGAAGACUAUGUCACCAAGGCACUUCGCCAGCUCCUAACAAAGGCUGCAGCAGCUGAGCGGGAUAGGUUACAGCAAAAGUCUAUGAUCCGUAUGGGCAACGGGUCCGCAAAACAAUACCCAGAGAGUUCCGCGAUAUCUGGCUUCCUUGCCGAUAUGCUGACAGUUUCGGCAACGCUAGAGAAAGAGGUCAAGAUACCAUUGACCAACUUCUUUGGUGAAGUCGAGCUUGACGGUCCGCCGACCUAUGACGAUGACCAGGAUAGUUUCUCACUCUCGCUGAAGCUUAGGAGUCUUCUGGUUGACGAGUUUGACGCGGAGUCUGUCAGCCUUCGUAUAUCCAGCCCUGGGUUUGGCGGCAACAAGGAGAUUUGGGUGCAGGCCAAAGGCCCUGUGACAAUCAAACCAGGCCGGAACAAGGUUCCACUACAAAGCAACAUGUUGAUGCCAGGCAACUAUGAAGUUGACCAGAUCCGCAUCAAGAGCAGCAAUGUCUUGCUGCACUUCGAGCGAGAGCUUGGACAAGUGGUGGAAAAGCCAUUCACUGUCCUGCAGAACCCUGCUGUAACGCUUUACCAACGCACGAGCUCGCUUGACGUCCGACUCUUCAGCAGCAAGGAUAUCCGACUGGACUCAAACAACAUGUUGGAAGUCGAGGUCAUGACCGGCUGGAACGAGAUCACGAGUGCUGAGGUGAAGAUCAAGUCGGCAACGGGAGGUUUGCGGCUCCUAAUGGGGGAUGCUGUGAUCCUUGACGAGUCGGCAGGGAAGUCAAAGAAAGUCGAGGGAGGAACAUUCACGUUUGGGGCCAUCGCAAGAGAUAGUUCCGUGAAGAUCAGAUUCCCCUUCAAGAUGGAGCAGGACGUACUCCACGUCGCUGUCAAGGUUGAAGUCACAUACUCAACCGACAAGGGAACCUUCACAUUCUUCAAGACCUCUUCGGUCUCCAUUGCUCUUGCCCUAGGAGUCAAUGUCCAAGACGUGUUCAAGCACAAGGCGCUCUUCUCCCGAUUCACCGUUUCCACUGCUAGCCCCAGUCCCUUGAGGCUGUACAAGAGCGAACUUAUCCCCUCAGACCUUUUCGAGUCUCAUUACGGGAUACCACCAAGCGACCCAGUCGCUAUCUUCCCCAAGCAGCCAGCCAGUCUGCUGUACAAGAUCGUCAAGAAACCCGGGGUAGCUAUCGGGCCCAGCACGAAGAAGACUCUCUACCUGAAGCUGUGGUACAGCGUCCUACAAGACGAGAUCGAGGAUCUCCUCGACAAGACCCUCACCAAAGACCUCGCCGACACUCCUCUGCGACAAUACUCCAAGUUGAUCGUCUACAAAGUCCUCGCCUGGAGCCAAAAGCGGCUAACAGCCUACGAGCUCGAGAAGUGCACUUUGCUGGGCGAGCUCUCCACCUCGUUCCUGUCAGACAUCAACUGGGCAACCCAAUUCCCCGGCAUCGGGCCCACGUCGAGUUCCUCUCUCCAAGGCGAAGACAGCCACCAGAUCGCCGCCAAACUAGCCGCCUUUCUGCGCUCCUGGCUGCUCGCCAACCCCGUCUUGCCCUUAACUCUCCCUGACGUGGAAAACCCCCUCCUAAUCAGCACGAUCCUAAUCCCCGUCGACAUACCCUCCAUAACCAUCGUGCACACAACCGACAUUUUGUUUCAGAAACCUCCCUUUCCCAUUAACUCCGACUCCAACACUUCCCACCCUUCCCAAACUUCCCAAACUUCUUCCUCUCUUGAGGAGGUGGUGGAAGGAGGCGGCCAAGAAGGCCAAGAAGGCCACCCAACAUUCAUAAUCAACCAACAACUCCCCGCCACUUUACGUCUCAAAUGGACGCGCAUCUGGGACACCGCCUACCCUGCCUCUCCGCAACGCUUCGAAGACCUGGAAUUUAGUUACGAGAUUAACGCUCCGGCUGAUACGUGGUUGGUGGGCGGACGGCGGAAGGGUCACUUUGUCAUACCCGCUGCUGCUGCUGCCCCUACCCCUCCUACAAAUGAAGAAGAAGAAGGGGAAAAGGAGGGUAGUAAAGAAAGUAGCACACCACAAACAGAAGCCGACAUUCCCCUCCUUCUCAUCCCUCUCCGCGAAGGAUACCUGCCUUAUCCCGCUGUCGACAUAAAGCAGGUUAAGUCGUCGUCUUCAUCUUCCAACUCUCCCACCAGACCUUCCGAUGGGCAAGCAGGUAGUGGAGGUGCUGGAGGAGGAGGAAGUGGAGGUGGGAGUAUACACGGCCACUGCGAAACUGAUAACAGAAACCUAGGAGAAGUAGUGGAAGUUAUUAGCGAUCGGGCAAGGGUGACGCUGAGUUUGGACGCGAGCGGGCCGGCGGGCGGACCGUUGGUUUUGGAGUGUGAUAGGGUUGGGUUGGAGGGGGUGGGGGGACGGGUUGUUGCUUAG